GCCCUCUAGUGCUUUGAUAUCACUAACAAAAAUAUGGUGCGCAUAGGUCUCCAGAUUCAAGCUAAUCUAGAAAAUGUCACGAACCUGCGUCCAGAAGGAGAUGAUUUUAGAUGGUAUUUAAAGUUGAAGUGUCAGAAUUGCCAGGAAGAAAGCAAGUCCUUUGUUUACAUAUCGCUUCUGGAAUGUCAUCCCUUGAAAGGAGGUCGCGGUUCAGCAAGUUUGGUUUCAAAAUGCAAAUUAUGUAGCAGAGAAAAUUCAAUAGAUAUUUUGAAAGACACAAUAAAAUCCUAUGACAUUGAGGAUAACAACCAGAUGAAAACAAUUGUAGGGUUUGAGUGCCGAGGAAUGGAACCUGUUGAUUUCUCACCCAGGGUUGGGUUUGUUUGCUCUGGUGUUGAAUCAUCAUCAACCUUCCAAGUGGACUUGACGGAAAAGGAAUGGGUAGACUAUGACGAGAAUGCACAGGAGUCUGUUGGUGUAUACGAAGUGGAAUGGAACUUUGUCAAAUUAUAGAUUUUAGUAUUAAAAUAACAUAGCAAAAUUAUAAAUUUGUGAACAAGAUUUAUGUAUCA